UUUUUUUUUCUAUUCAUUUUUUUCUUAGAUUCAAUUAACUAAAGUUCAUGUUGGACAUAAUGGUGAUCAACAACGUGUAUUUGUUGAACAAGAAUUUAGUGAUGAAUUUGAAUUAAAAAAAUUCGUUAAAAAUUUACGACAUAAUUUUGAAAAAACUUUUAAUAAUCGUGCUACUGGUGCAUCUAGUAGCAGUGAAAAUAUUGAUGCAAAUCAAAAUCCAAAUAAUAAAAAAUCUGGUGUUAUCGUUGUUGAAGAACCUGAUGAAGAACCAAAAAUCUAUGAACAACAAGCUUAUAAUGAAAAUAUUGAAUUAAAACAAUCAGCAAAUAAACAAUCACCCUUAUCUAAUUCUCCAAAAUUAGAUAGUUGUGAACAUUGUCGACGAUCACCCAUAGGUUCAUCAUGUUCAACAGUUCGAACACAUAGACGUCGAAAACAUAAAAUGAAACAUCAUCGUGAAAAAUAUGAUAAUGAAUUACAUAUAGAUGAAAAAGAUCAUCAAAGUGAAAAAGUACCAAGUUAUUCUCGACAUUAUGAUGCAACACCUCGAUUUCAUCUACAUCAACAACCACCACCACCACAACAACAACAACGAAUUUAUGGGAAAGAAAAAGAUUUUCGAAUGAGAAAUGAUCUUAGUGUACCACCUAAUUUUAAUUCUCAAUGGAGAGCUAAUGGAUAUACACAUUCAUUAAAUAGUCGAUCACGUUCAUAUAUUCCAGCAAUGAAUGAAAAUAAUUAUCCGCCAUCAACUCCAUCUCGUUUUCAAUAUACUAAAGAACCAUUCUUUCGUCCAAUACAUCCACCAACACCAUCUCGUUUUACUCAUUCAAAAAAUCAACAUAAAUCUCAACCAUCACCACGAUUUCAACAUACACCUCAACAUCGUCGAAAUCAACCAACAACAAUUGCUGAACAUUUUACAUUUAUGAAUAAUGAACAUCAACAAACACGUGUACAUCGUACACGAUCAGAUUGUCGACCACUUGCUCCAAUACGAAAUCGGAGUAAAACAUAUUUAUAUCUUGAAUAUGGAAAUAAUUUAAAUCAACGACAUUUUACUCCAUAUGCUCAACAAACAGCACCGAUGUUUUAUUCUCAAAGACGAUUUUUUCGAAAUCCACAAAAACAUUCAUGUUUAUUUAAUUCUUAUCGUCCGAAUUCGAAACGUUUUUAG